CAAGCAAAGAAUGGAAAUUUCCCAUUGCAGCAUCAAGGGCUGCUGUUCUGCUGACUGUCUCGCUCAGUUGGGGUCAUCUGCUUCCCCAAGACAUCAAGGAAUGCCAAGGACUGUGCCAGCAGCCGCAGCCCCGAGGGCCACUGCCUGCCCCUGAGUGUCCUAAGAGGCUUGAGACCACCAAGGCUCCAUCAUGGCGCCCAAGCAACCCCCUAAGCCUGCGUUCCAGGAGGGUGAGCGAGUGCUGUGCUUCCACGGGCCGCUUCUCUACGAGGCCAAGUGCCUGCAGGUGGUCCCGGAGGACAAGCAGGUGCGCUACCUGAUCCACUACAGCGGCUGGAACAAGAACUGGGACGAGUGGGUCCCUGAGAGCCGCAUCCUCAGGCACUCGGAGGCCAACCUGCAGAAGCAGCGCGACCUUCAGAGGGCCAACCAGGAGCAGCGGGCGCGAGGGGCUGCCCAGGGCCGCCGGGUCGGCGCCGCGGCCUCCCUGCAGCAGCAGCAGCAGAACGUGGAGACGCUCUUCCAGAACAUUCGCAUCACGCCCUCCACCUCCUCGGCCACGGCCACCUGGGAGGUCCCGGGGCGCCAAACCAGAAAAAGCAAGCAGAAAACGGGCACGGGGAAGGGGAGCAGCGGCGGUGCCGGCACCAGCCCGGCCAGGGGGGCCCCCCAGCCUCUCCAGAGAAGAAGGACCCGAGGCCACCCAUCGUCCAGAGACGAAGGGGCGUCCUCCACCCAUGCCGAGGCCAGAGUCCAGAUCCCCGAGGAGCUGAAGCCGCUGCUGGUGCAGGACUGGGACCUGAUCUCCCAGAAAAGACAGCUGUUCGCUCUUCCGGCCAACAAGAACGUGGACUCCAUCCUGGAGGAGUAUGUCGCCUACAAGAAAGCACGUGGCAAGGGGGAUAACACGGAGUACGCCGCGGAGGAAAUGGUAAAUGGGAUCCGGGCCCACUUCAACGUCCUGUUGGGCACCCAGCUCCUCUACGAGUUCGAGAGGCCGCAGUAUGCUGAGAUUGUGGCCGCUCAUCCUGGUGUCCCCAUGUCUCAACUCUACGGAGCUCCGCAUCUACUGAGAUUGUUUGUUCCAAUUGGAGCAAUACUGGCACGCUCGCCUUUUGAUGAGAGGAGUCUGGCUUCGUUGUUCAGCUAUCUGCACGAUUUCUUAAAGUUCUUAGCAGAGAAUCCGUCUGCUUUUUUUAAUGCCAGUGAGUACAAGGAUGCUCCUCCCGAAUAUGUUCAAAAGGUUGCCUAAGAGCAUAAACCUAUCUGUUAUAUUUGGGUUUAUAAGGUGUUUUGUUAGUUCCUAAAAUUGUGUUUGUGUAUUGCAGGAUUCAUGUAUGUUUCUAAAGUGUUCUGUUUGAAACCAAGUGAAAGGCUAGUCCCUUCUUUAAGGAGUUUUUUUUAAACCAGUAUAUGAGAUAAUGAAUAUAGAGUGACACAAUGAAGGAUGUUUCAUUAUGUAAUUGACAAAACUUGCUUGAAUUCUAUGGUUCCAUUUCUUUAAAUGAUUUUAUACUCUAUGUUAAUGCAAAGUGAUAAAACAAUGAUUUCUGGUUUCAGAGAGUUAACUCACGGGGUCCAGUUGAGAACUUUUUUUUUUUUGGUGCUCAUUUUUUUUUUUUUUGAUGCUUUAAGUAAAUAGAGCCCCUUUGUGAAAUGUGAUUGUAUUAUUCAUAGACAUUUCUCUUUGUCUAGAUUGGGAAAGAGUGGUAAUCUUUUUUUGUGUGUGUGUGAGAAUUUUAUAUUCUAAUGAACAUUCUGACUUUCUGAAUGCUAUUGCUGUAUAACUGUGGUUUUCUGGGAAAAUUGGUCUUGUAGGAGUUAUUUUACAAGUCUUUUUCCCCCUGUGAAAUUAAAUAAAAGGGCAUUGGACUAAA